AUGACAUCGCUCCCUCCCAAGGCAGACGUUCAAUCUAACGGACAGUCCGGCGUCUCUUCUCCUUCCUCCGCCACCGCGAAUCAAGCGACGACGACCUCUUCGUCUUCGCGCUCCUCCUACGCUAGUGCCACCAAGAAGUCCGCGACGGACUCCACCGCCGCUCCCGUCACCGUGGGCGGCUCGUCGCACCAUGGGAAGUCGUCUGCAUCAUCUCCUGUGAGCGGCCAACCCAUGCAGCAGUCCCAGUCGCCGGGCGUCACCAUCGUCAAUGGCGCCCCGGCCGCCUCUGCCUCCUCUCCCUCCGUCCCGGCUCCCUCGUCUCAGCCCGAUCACGCCAGAAAACCCUCCGUGACCAUCACCUCCGCCGGUACCUCGGGAUACAUCCCCAACGGGGGUCCGUCUUCGCGUCCCAAUAGUCUGCAGUUUGGCUUCGCCAACCAGCAGACCUCUCCCAACCUGGGGGCCCCGGCCGCCUUGUCCGGUCCGCCUCAGUCGGGUCUGGGUGUCGCUGCCACGGCGAACCCGCGCAUCACUUCGCCCCAGACUUCGCCUUCGCCGAUCCCUCAGCCGGCCUCCAGCGGCGGUCGUCCGCCUCCGUCGUCCUAUCAGUCGCAAGGGAACGUUCCCAACUUUGGAAGUUUCGGUGAGGCUGGUGACAACAUGCGCCCGUCGCCCCAAGCCCCCCUGGGUCCCGGUCCGCAAUCCACUCACCUGCGCCGCGAAUCCUCCCAGUCUACGCACAGUGAUAUGAGCAACCACAUGGGCAGUGCCCCCGGUCGGGGUGGCUACCCGCACCAGGGCGGCCGCGGUCGCGGAUACUCGCAGUCGGGCUAUCAGGGCCAGAUGCCCUACUCGCCCGGUCCCAACUUCCGCUCCCCCAACCAGCCCCGGGGCGGUCCCAACAUGGGCCCGCAGUUCCACGGCCCCAGCCAGGGUCGCCCGAUGGGCCCCUUCCCGAACUCGCCGCACCAGGCCAACCGCAGCCCGGCCCUGGCCAACGCCCACCCGGCCACCACGCCGCAGAUGAAUCAGGUCCCCAUGGCCCAUCCCCAGAUGCCCCCCCAGCCUUACGGCUACGGGCAACACAUGGCCCCCCAGACUGUGAGACUCCAUCCGCCCCAUCAUCAUCAUCAUCAUCGUCAUCACCAUCAUCAUAAUUAUCAUCAACAACCUCCUCCCCCUUCCCAUCCUCACCCCCCCAUACCCCCGAGACCGCCGCGCCGCGGCCUGCCUCCCCGGCGUCGGGCAGGCUCGCGCGCGGCGAUGCUCACUGGGCCCCAUGUUCCCCACCCCCCGCGGCUCCAAGGUCCCGUGCCGCUGCCGCUGCCCAACUUGGCGCCUGAGAGUGGUCAGUUCGAACAGUAUCUAACGCUGAUGAAACAUCGACAGAAUUACCCCUACGACGGUGGCUACGGCUACUACCCGCCCAACAACUACGGCAUGCAGUUCAUGACCCCGCCGUCGCCCCAGCCCCGGCCUGGCAUCCCCUACCCUGCUCAGCCGGGCUUCGUCCAGGGCCAGUACCCCGUGCCCGCUGGUCCCCCCCAGGCCACCCCGCUGUCGCGCACCCCCUCCCAGGUGUCCAACGACCGACCCGGCUCGAGCCUGGGCGGCCAGGGGCCCCCGCCCCCGGUCGGACCCGCCGGUCCCGGCCACGCCCACAGCGGCAGCCGCGCGGGCAACAGCCCCAACCCCACCGCGAAGAACUUCGUCAUCCCGCCCGCCAAGCGCAGCCCCAUCGUCAUCCGGGACCCUGGCACCGGUUCCGUCAAGUCCUUCGAGAAGCCCCCGGCCUCGCCCGCCCGCGCCACUCCGUCCCCCGUCAAGAUCACGACCCCGACCGCCACGCCGCCCCCGCGCGCCGAUCACGCGCGUGCUGACUCCAAGGCCCUCAAGACGGACGAGGAGAAGAAGCAGGAGCUCAAGGAUGCCGUGCGCCAGAAGAUCGAGCAAGAUGAGGCCGACCAGCGGCGUCAGGCCGAGGAGGCCGCUGCCGCUGCUGCCAAGCCGACGGAGGCCCCCAAGGCCGCUCCCGCUCCCACGGAGGAAGAGAAGGCCCGCCAGGGUCUGGAGGAUCUCAGCCUGAAGGAGAAGAAGGAGGCGGAGAAGCCGGAGGAGAAGAAGGAGGAGAAGAAGGAGGAACCCGCGGCGGCUGCUCCUGCCCCGGCCCCCGCUCCGGCCGACGAUGACGAAAUCGAUUACGACGCCAUCGAGCGCGAGAUCGCCGAGAUGGAGGCCAAGGAGGCCGAGAUCGAGCGGAAGUACAACGAGGAUAAGCAGCGCAAGAAGGAGGAGGCCGACCGCAAGGAGAAGGAGGAACUCGAGGCCUACGAGGCCAACAUGAAGAAGGCCGAGCGCGAGGCCGAGGCCGUCGAGGAGGCCCGGGAGCGCAAGCGCCUGGGACUCCCGACCGAGGGCGAUGCCGCCGCCAAGGGCACUUCGCCGAAACCCGCCUCGGCCGCGGAUGCCAUGGGCCCGCCCGACAAGCCCGCCAGCGCCGCUGCCGCCAAGCCCAAGCCCGCGGCCCUCAAGCUGGAGACUAAGCCGGUCGAGCCGCCGCAGCCCAGCGCCGCCAUGAAGGCCCUGCAGUCGGCCCGCUUCCUCCGCGAUCUCAGCCAGGUCACUUAUCCCGACUCUAUCGUCUCCCCCAACCCGGCUCUCAACGCCAGCGCCCCGACCGACCGGAAGUUCCACUACAACAAGGAGUUCUUGCUGCAGUUCCAGUCCGUGUUCAAGGAUAAGCCGUCCAUCGACUGGGACGCACGCGUGCGCGAGACCGUCGGCGACAGCGAUGCCGCCUCCCGCCCCCAGUCGGCGCGCACCCCGAUGGGCAGCCGCAGCGGCUCGCGCACCGGCGGUCUCCCCGGCGCCCCCCAGAUGGGCCACUUCGGCAUGGGCCCGUCGCGGAGCAGCAUGGGUCCCGGCACGCCUUCCGACAUCCGCCUGCAAAACGUCGCCCGCGCCGCCUCCAUGGGUGGCAACCCCUUCGGGCAGUUCCACAACAUGCGCAUGGGCGGGCCGUCGCUCAGCCGCACCAACUCGUCCAACGCCAUGGGCAUGCCCCCGUCGCCGCGGGUCGGCUCCGGCCCCCGGUCCAACACGCGCAACACCAGCAAGCGCGAGAAGAACCACCACCGCAAGGAGGAGGAGCUGGCCAAGAGCAUGCCUCUCACCGCCGGCAUGGACGUCGGGACCCUGCAGGUCUCGUCUUCCGGCUGGAAGCCGCGCAGCCUGGUCCAGGCCGCCGCGGCGGGGCCUGCCCCCGGCUCGACCCAUCUGCCGCCCGACGUUGUGCAGCGGAAGGUCAAGGGUGCGCUCAACAAGAUGACGCCGGAGAACUUCCCGCGGAUCUCGGGCCAGAUCCUGGAGAUCGUCUCGCAGUCCAAGGACGAGACCGACGGCCGGACCCUGCGCCAGGUCAUCCAGCUCACCUUCGAGAAGGCCACCGACGAGGCCCACUGGGCGUCUAUCUACGCCAAGUUCUGCAAGAGCAUGCUCGAGAGCAUGAGCCCGGACAUCAAGGACGACAACAUCCACGACAAGGCCGGCAACGUCGUCGCCGGCGGCAGCCUGUUCCGCAAGUAUCUGCUCAACCGCUGUCAGGAGGAGUUCGAGCGCGGCUGGAAGGUCAACCUGCCGCCCAAGCCCGAGGGCGAGACCGAGGAGGCUGCCAUGAUGUCCGACGAGUACUACAAGGCCGCCGCCGCCAAGCGACGCGGUCUGGGUCUGGUCAAGUUCAUCGGCGAGCUGUACAAGCUGGGCAUGCUGACGGAGCGUAUCAUGCACGAGUGUGUCAAGAAGCUGGUCGACUACGAGGGUAUGCCCGACGAGGCCGAGGUCGAGAGUUUGACGAGUCUGCUGCGCACCAUCGGUGCCAGCCUCGACGUCUCCGAGCGCGGCCACGCCAUGAUGGACGUGUACUUCCAGCGGAUUAAGAUGAUGGUGCAGACCGAGGGUCUGCCGAGCCGGAUGCGCUUCAUGAUUCUGGAUAUUAUCGAUCUCCGUGCGGCCAACUGGAGGUCCAAGGAUUCCGACAAGGGACCGAAGACCAUCCACGAAAUUCGUGAAGAGGCCGCCCGCGCUCAGCAACAAGCCGAGAUGGAACGGAUGCGGCAGCAGCAGAACAACCGCGGCGGUGGCCGGAUGGCUAUGGGCCGCGGUGAUGCGCGCAACUUCGGUGGUUAUGGCCACCAGGCGCCCCCUCCCGACUACGCGUCGAGCAAGGUCGGCAGCGAUGAUCUGCGACGUCUGCGGACGACGCGGAACACGAGCCAGCCCAUGUCGUUCGGACCGUCCAGCAUGCUUGGAUCGCGCAGCAACAGCCGUCGCAACCUGGGCCCCGGCGGCAAUCUGGUGCGCGGCAGCGACGACAGCGGCGCCAGCAGCCGCACGGGCACGCCGCCCGCCGGCAAGAAGGAAGACAAGGAGACCGCGUCGUCGAUGAAUGCGUUCAGUGCUCUGGCCAGUUUGCAGGAUCACGACAGUCUCGCGACGUCCCCGCCGUCGGCACACACCUCGCCGAUGCUCAGCAAGUCGCAGCCCGCCGUGGAGCGACGGCCGUCCAAGACCCCGUCCAAGGACGGCACCGACGCGUCAUAG